AUGUCUUCCGACCUUAAGAACGUCACACAAACCUCAGACUUUGAGGUCGAUUCCGAUGACACUCACUACCCUUCUCACGCACGUCUUCUCAAGGGAGUUGACGCCGCGAGAGUCAGUUUGACGGUUGUGGCCCUCCUUAUGGGCAUCACCAUCCUUGGUACAUCGGCAGAUGCCCUGGCCGUCUACGAUGCCACCCAUGUACCGGCCGGCUUCAUGCUUCCGCUGUGGCCGGACGCCUUCGACUUGCGUCCAACAGUAGCACUUGUCGUUGGGAGCUCCAUUCUCAUAAUUGUCAAUCUUGUCUCUCUCCUUUUCAGUCGAGUCCAAAGUCUGCGUAACCGAACUCUCGUCCAUAACUCAUUGGCUGUGGCCGCCCCAUUGGUUGGGCUGGUGGCAUCGAUCAUUGCCAUGUCCUUCUUCUACAGCAUCAACGCGUCGAUCACGGUCGACACACUGCAGAGCUGGAGCUGCCGCUGGUCCAAUGUUGCGAUGAUGACGAGGCCGCACUUCGGCACCCUCUGCAAGCAAAGUAAGGCGGGCCUCUACCUGUCCAUCCUGCUGAUCCCGAUCGAGGCCAUCAUCGUGGGAAUGGGCGGCUAUCAGAUGAUGCUCGAGCGAAACGUCAGCAAGACCAACAGAGUGGUACUGGAGGAGCGCAAGUCUGGCAGCCCAGUGCCUUCGUCAGUCCGCGAUGUCGAGGGUGAUCACCACUAG